AUGAUGCGGCAAGCUGGAAAGAACAAGCACAAGGCUAUUCAGACUACUCAUUUCAAGAAGAAGAAGAUGAACAUGGACGAGGUUGUGUGUUUCGUUUGCGGUGAGACUGGGCAAUUUGCUAAGAAGUGCAAGAACCGCAAGGGCAAGAAGAAUCAGCCAGGAUAG